AUGUCUACACUAAUUCCACCUCCAUCGAAGAAGCAAAAAAGAGAGGCUCAACAGCCAAGAGAAGUUGAACUGCCUUCAAAUUUACCAAAUGUUUCUAUAAAAUUCCAAGCGUUAGAUUCUGGUGAGAAUGUUGGCGGUGCUAUUAGAGUUCCAGCUGGUAUUACCGAAAAGCAGUUGGAAGAGUUAUUGAAUCAGUUGAAUGGUACUUCUGAUGAUCCAGUUCCUUAUACUUUUAGCGCAAAUGUUACAACAAAAGAUUCAGCAGACAAAAGUGUUGAUAUUAUUGACAAUUUAUAUUCAACUUUACUGAAACCUGGUUAUAAUACUACAGAAGAUAUUAUUACUUUAGUAUUUACACCUAGAGCUGUCUUCAAGGUUAAACCAGUUACAAGAUCUUCUUCCGCUAUUGCAGGUCAUGGUUCUACGAUUUUAUGUUCUGCAUUUGCUCCUCAUACUAGUUCCAGGAUGGUUACAGGUGCCGGUGACAAUACAGCUAGAAUUUGGGAUUGUGAUACUCAAACUCCAAUGGCAACAUUGACUGGCCAUCACAAUUGGGUUUUAUGUGUCUCGUGGUCACCUGAUGGAGAACUAAUUGCAACUGGUUCUAUGGAUAACACUGUUAGACUAUGGGAGUCAAAAACCGGUAAACCUUUUGGCGAUGCUUUGAGAGGCCAUGGUAAAUGGAUCACUUCUCUAUCUUGGGAACCAAUUCAUUUGGUUACUCCAGGUGAACGACCAAGACUAGCUACCUCAUCAAAAGACGGUACUAUCAAGAUUUGGGAUACUACAAGAAGAGUCUGUACAAUGACUUUAAGUGGUCACACUUCUUCAGUCUCUUGUGUUAAAUGGGGUGGUCAAAACUUUUUAUAUAGUGGUUCUCAUGAUAAAACUGUUAGAGUUUGGGAUAUGAAAAACUCUGGUAGAUGUAUCAAUAUUUUGAAAAACCAUGCCCAUUGGGUCAACCAUCUGUCAUUAUCAACUGACUAUGCAUUAAGAGUAGGUCCAUUUGAUUACACUGGUGAACAGCCUGCUACACCUGAAAUAGCUAAAGCUAAAGCUUUAAAAAAUUAUGAAAAGGUUGCAAAGAGAAAUGGUAAAGAAACUGAAUUAAUGGUUACUGCAAGUGAUGAUUUUACAAUGUUUUUAUGGGAUCCUUUAAGAACUACAAAACCUAUUGCCAGAAUGACAGGCCAUCAAAAAUUAGUCAAUCAUGUGGCAUUCAGUCCUGAUGGUAGGCAUAUCGUAUCUGCUUCUUUCGAUAAUUCCAUCAAAUUAUGGGAUAGCAGAGAUGGUAAAUUCAUUACUACCUUCAGAGGUCAUGUUGCUAGUGUAUAUCAAGUUGCAUGGUCUUCUGAUUGUAGACUACUAGUUUCUUGUUCCAAGGAUACAACUUUGAAAGUUUGGGAUAUCAGAACAAGAAAGUUAUCAGUUGACCUUCCAGGUCAUAAAGACGAAGUUUACACCGUAGAUUGGAGUGUUGAUGGUAAAAGAGUUUGUAGUGGUGGUAAGGACAAAAUGGUCAGAAUUUGGACACACUAA